AUGGUAAAAUGGGCUAUGGAAUUGGGGGGAUACGAUGUAGAAUAUGAGCCAAGGAUGGCAAUCAAAGCACAAGCCCUUGCGGACUUCAUUCAGGAAACUACUCGCCGCCCCGUACAAGAGUUCUGGAUAGCAUUUGUCGAUGGGUCAGUCACGAAGGAGGGAUGUGGCAUCAGAGUGUAUAUCGUGUCUCCAAGCUCGGAGGUGUAUCAAUUCGUCAUAAAAUUUACUUGCAAAAUGUCCAACAACGAGGCUGAAUACGAAGCUGUGGUCAGAGGAGCGCAUAUUUUGUCAGAGCUGCGGGCUGAAUGUGUCAUUAUCAGAACUGAUUCACAGUUGGUGGCUCAACAAUUCUCAGGAAGCUAUCAUAUCAAGGAAGACCGGAUGCGGGCAUAUCAUAAUAAGAUCAAUGAAAUGAAGAAAAAGUUCAUGGAAUUCAAAAUCGAGCAAAUUUCUCGAGAGGAAAACACCAAGGCAGAUUUACUGGCACGAGUUGCCAUCGCAGUGGAGCAGACCUGGAGUGAUGAGAUUACGCUGCUCUGCGAUACCAGAGAAAUGAGGACUUCACAGGUUUUCUCGGUGGAAGUUCGGGAUGAUUGGCAGGCCCCAAUCAUACACUUUCUUAAGAAAGGGGAGCGGCUGAGUAAAGAAUCUAAUCAAAGGGCUCGAUAUGAGAAUUAUUGCUUGAUUAAUGAUCAACUCUACAAACGUUCUUUCACCCAUCCUCUAUUAAAAUGCUUAUCUCCCGAAGAAGCUAACUUUGCUCUAAAACAAAUUUAUACAGGUUGCUGUGGUGGGCACAAGGGAUUCAGGGAUCUUGUACGAAAAAUUAUUCGGGUAGGGUUCUAUUGGCCAAACAUCAACAAAGAUGCCAGAGAGUUCGUUCGCAAAUGCGAAGCUUGUCAGAGACACGCUGGAAGAAUCAAUGUCCCAGGAGAAACCAUGGGAGUCAUGUACGCUGCAUGCCCAUUUGAUAAAUGGGGCAUAGAUAUCGUUGGGAAAUUACCCACGGCACCAGGGGGCAAAUGGCAGAGGAUUGCUGAUUUCUGUGAUCGAAUGGACAUAGCACAACGUUUCGUGUCAGUGGCUCAUUUGCAAGCAAAUGGGCAAGUAGAGUUGGCAAACAGAUCAAUCUGCGAAGGGAUCAAAAAGCGGCUGAACCAGAGCAAAGGGAAGUGGGUCGAGGAGUUGGACACUGUCCUCUGGGCCUACCGACCUAGCCCAAAGACAGCAACUGGAGAGGCGCUUUUUACUCUGGUAUAUGGAUCCAAUGCAGUGAUACCAGCAGAGGCUAGAUUGGAGUCAUAUCAGAUUACAACUUACAACACAGAGCAAAAUUGUGAACUCCGCAGAGCAGAGCUCGAUCUGGUGGAAGCGCAGAGGGACGAAGCCCAAGUCAGAGUAGCGAAAUAUAAAAGCAUCAUCAAGGCGGGAUACGACAAGAGGGUCAGAGCACGAAAGAUAUCUAAGGGCGACCUAAUCCUCAAGAGGGCCGAUGCAUUUAAGCCAGUGGGCAAGUUUGAACCUAAUUGGAAGGGGCCCUUCAUCAUCACCGAGGUCCUGGGUGGCGGAGCGUACACUUUGUCGGAUCCAGACGGCAGAGCUCUUUCCAGACCGUGA